AUGGGAAGAUUUAGGAGAGUGGCGGAGGCCUUUGAGAUGGCGGCCAGGAAGGUGCUAGAUUGCGAUAGCAGUGGGAGCGAGCAUUCGCCAGAAACCAUGUUGGAUUUGUCUCAUUUGGUUAACUCCUUCAUCGAAAACAAUAAUGGUGCUAUUGAUAGGGAUAUUGAUUCUAAAGUGAAUAAUGAAUCUAGUUCUGAUGUAACUGAUGAUGAUGAUGACAUAAAGGAAAUGAAAGAGUCGUUGAAGAAGUUGUUUCGAUAUGGAAACAAUGAUCUUAAAAGAAAUGUUGUUUUAAAGGUUGAAAAAGUGUGGUUGGGCAUCAAGGAUAACUCAUUGUUAGGAUCUAAACGACACUUAAUGGCUCGUUUACGUGAUCAAGGUCUCGAUGUUGGUCUUUGCAAAUCCAAGUGGGAAAAGAAAGGGAAGCUACUCUCAGGUGAUUAUGAGUACAUUGAUGUUAAUGUUGAUGGAACACGUUACAUAAUCAAUGUAUCUCUCCGAGAAGAAUUCGAGAUAGCUAGGCCGACGGCUAGUUACUCCUCAUUGCUCAAGGUUCUUCCUCACAUAUCGGUGAGCAAAGUGGAGGAGUUCAAAGAGAUCAUUAAAAUAAUGUGCAAAGCUGUUAAGAAGUCGAUGAACCAAAUGAAGAUGACUGUGCCCCCAUGGAGAAGACGUGAAUACGUUCAAGCUAGAUGGUUCGGAUCUUACAAACGUACAACCAAUGAGUUUCCUACUAAGAACACAGUAGAUUUGAACAUAAUCAACAAGACAACUACUACUGGGUUUCUAUCGAUCCCUAGCACUUGCUAUGGAAGAUAUACAGAAAAUAUUGGUAAGAAGGAUUUUGCCUUCAAAAUGGGCAAUUUGGCCAUAGCCAUGAUUGGAGCAGGCUAA